ACGCUGUGGUCUUUUCCUGAUAGAGAGUGCGGUGAUCGACAGCAGCCAUGAAUCCGCAGGAGCAAUUGGAGCAGAGGGGGAAGUUUAGGAUGACCGUGUUCGAGGAGGAGUACUUCCAGGGCAAGAGCUGUGAAUUCACAUUUGAGUGCCAGAACAUACUGGACAGAGACUUCAGAAAGAUUCGCUCCAUUAAGGUGGAGAACGGCCCCUGGGUGGGGUACGAGUAUCCUGAGUUCCAGGGCCAGCAGUUUAUCCUGGAGAAAGGAGAAUAUCCCUGUUACCAGGCCUGGAGUGGCAACAGCAGUUACAGAACAGAGCACAUGCUCUCUUUCAGACCUAUUAAAUGUGCUAACCACAGUGACAGUAAGAUUACCCUCUAUGAGUGUGAAGACUUCAUGGGACGUAAAUUUGAGAUGUGUGAGGAUUAUCCCUCCCUUCAAGCCAUGGGUUGGUGCAGCAAGGAAGUUCCCUCAAUCAAAGUAAACUCUGGAGCCUGGGUAGGCUAUCAGUUUCCCGGUUACCGUGGAUAUCAGUACAUCUUUGAGAGGGACAGACACCAAGGAGAGUACAGAUGCUACAAUGAGUACGGCACCCAGGCACACACCAAUCAGAUCCAGUCUAUGCGCAGAAUUCAGCAAUAAGACCCAGCACCACUGUGUACACCAUGUCAUGCUGUGUCAAUACUAUAGGCAAUAAAGACAUUAUAUAAACUACA